AGAUCCUACUUAUCUCGCGGUAAAUCGAGUGCUGACUCUCGAAAUUUUCAACGAAAAUGUCGUACUUACCCUUCAUGAUAGACUUCGGUCCCCGGAAUAGUCUGAUCAUGGGUAAUGGCGUGUCCUUCGCGCCGGAGACGUUGUUUGAAGCCCUAGAUCCUACGACUAUGGUGUACUUUCCCAAGGUGCCAUGUCAAUGCGUUCGGAAAUUAAAUAGGAAUCGUUUUAAAGUUUACCUCGACGUCGAUGACUACGACCCUGAUGAUAUCAGGAUGAAGACGAAGACAUUGUUCGAAGCCCUCGAUCCUUCGGCUAUGCAGUACUUCCCCAAAUUAACCAUGCCCUACGGCGUCCGGAAACCAAGUAAGGAUCGUUUUGAAGUUUAUAUCGAUGUCGAGGACUACGGCCCUGAUGAUAUCAGGGUGGAGACGAUUGAUGGUUUCGUGGUGGUCGAAGGUCAGCACAAGGAGAAACGGGAAGAAAACGGCUGGGUUCAGCGCCAGUUCAAGCGCCGUUGCCCUAUACCCGAAGGUUACAAAACCGAAGCUCUUUUGUCCCAGUACUUGUCAGAUGGAACCCUGAUUAUAACCGCGAAUCUAGUGAAAAUCGAUGAACCGAAAUCUGACAUGUCUGUAAGUGAGCAACAGGAAGGUGAGGAAAAAGUCUCUGAUGAAGAACUGGAUGACCCAGAGCUGGAUGCAGGUAGAAACCGAUCUGAAAAAAAACCGAUCAAGCCUAACCCUAAGGGGAAGACGGUUCAGUUCAAGGAUGAAAUUAAAGAAGAUGAGAUGAGAAUGAUGAAGAUGAAAGAUGAGAUGGAGGUAUUUUUGGAGAAGUUCAUAGAAGAAAAUGAGUAAUCAGCAAGCUUCUAAAAGCUAUUACUAUCUUUGCGUUUUGUACUGAUUUUUAAUAAAUAUAAUUAUUUAAUAUUAUUUUAAUGUAGACUAGAUGAAAUUAAACAUUUCAAGAAUA